GUUCAGUUUCGUAAAGGGGAGGUCGUCGCGUCGGGUCUAGCUCUUAUGUUUUUGUACGCUUAAUUAAUGAAAAACAAAAACGCGUGAAUGUUGCGAAUCAAUAUAAAAACUAAACAAAACACAAUAUUAUUCAGUGCAUAUGUCAGAUAAUACAUAAUAACACCCAUAGCGCGCUGCUUUUCCUAAGCCAGAAAAAAUUUAACUAGCGAGUGUUUGUGACAGUGAGCCAAAGAGUGUCGAAAAGAGUGUGUGAGACAGAGAGAAAGGAAAAAGAGCGCUCGUGAGCGAGCAUAAAAUCACAGCAGUCUCAGCAGCAAUAACAAAAUAAAUACAUACACAUAUGCACUUAAUGACCAUGCGGCUUUCGAAAUUGGCGACAAUGAGAACGAAUUUUACAGCACUGGUCGCUGACGAAGCUUCUUGCUCUGAAGCUGCAGCGCAGGAGUAACACAACACUGAUUCGAAAUGUAAGAAAGCAAAGGGCAGUGGAAAUUAAACGAAUUUAUCAAGCAUACGAAAAGCAAAUUAAAAAAGGGAGUAUAAAGCAAAACGCUGCAAAAUGCACGUUUCAGCUAUAAACUGCAAGCAACAGGAAAGGGAUAAGGAUUGCGCAUGUGGCGCAGUAACAACAGCAACGACAAAGUUUAAUAAUUAUCGAAAACGACGAAUAUGCAGCAGCGACACCGACAACAGCAACAACACCAAGUACCAAUACAUUAGCAAAAUUCUAAUGACGCUGUCAGCGUUACUGCAGCGUCUCGCAACGCUAAGCAUGGGUACCAAGUGGCGACGGCGCCGCCGUCGACGCAAGCAGCAACAACACAGUAACAACGAAAACGGGAUGGAGAAGGAGAACGCAAUAGCAGCAGCCACAAUAAAAAGCACCCAUAAUGAUAAUUGCAAUUAUUACAAUACUACGGCAACAGCAACGACAGCGACAACAAAAACAAGCAAUGAUUUCAAUAAAAUCAAUAAAUUACUACUAAUUACGUGCAUGCUGCUGAUAACAACUACAACAAUUUGUCAAAGUAACGUCGUACCCGUCGCUGCCGCAGCGCCGUCAUCUUCCACAUCGACAUCAAUGUCGGGCGAAUCGUCGACGUCACCGUUGAGCGCUCUGCUCAAAUCGGGUGGCGCCACCUACAGUCAACAACUCCCGCAACAACAGCUGUUUGCGAUGCUAGCCAAGAAUAACGGUGGAGGCGGCGGCGGAGGCAUUGCUCCUCCUUUUUUUGGCUACAACAGCGAAGCAGCGGCGCAUCGACAGCAUCCACGUUACUUGCCAUUGCAUGAGGACGAAUCCGAGGAUCUGGCUGACGAAGAUUUUGAUGCCCUGCAUAUUCCACUAGACAUUGCUGCCGCUGCCGCCGCCGCAGACGCUGCUCCUUCCAUUGCGUCAGCGUCGUUGGAAACGAACGGUUUCGUGGCCGACGAUGGCGAUCAAUAUGAGCAGGCGGAGAAGGCGCUGGCAGCUGCUGCUGCCGAGUCAGCGAAUGCAAAUGCCAAAAACAGCAACCACAACAACAACAUUUACUGCCCAAAGGAGUGCAAGUGCCUGAACGCUUUCUUCGAUUGUGAUAAGCUGCAUUUGGAGCGCGUGCCCGCCCUGCCGAAUUAUGUACAAACGCUGCAUCUGGCAGGCAACAAAUUGAACGACAGCACCGUCCUUGCGAUACGAAAUCUUACCGAACUGCUAAAACUCACCUUAAAACGGAAUCAGUUGGAUGUUAUGCCCAUGCUCGUGGGCCUCAGCUCGUUAAGGCAACUCAACUUAGCCCACAAUCGCAUUCAGCGCAUCUCCCGAGAAGCGCUGGCCUUGCUGCCAAAGCUAAAAUCACUAGAUCUGACCAAGAAUCAGCUGCACAGCGUCGAAGCUAACAUGUUUGUGCGACCCAAUCGAUUGGCGCACUUAAUACUUAAUGCAAACGAGAUUGGCAGCGUCGAUGAGCGUGCAUUCGAAAUGCUGGGCAACCUCACGGAUCUGGAGAUGAACAACAAUCGUUUGAUCAGCCUUCCAGUGGGUGUCUUCCAGAAUUUGACUCGUCUCAAGAAACUCUCUCUGAACUAUAAUCAACUGGAGAUCCACUGGUCAACGUUUCGAGGCUUGUUUUCAUUGCAAAAGCUUCAGCUCAAGGCAAACAAUAUACGGAAAAUGCAGGAUGGCAUCUUCCAUGUGAUGCGCAACAUUGAGAGCAUCGAACUGGACCACAAUGGCAUCAGUUCACUCUCCCGCCAAGGUCUCUUUAAUUUGACCAAGCUUCAUCAUCUCAGUCUAUCGAAUAACUCCAUAACACAUAUUGAACUGGACACCUGGGAGUUUACGCAAUCCUUGGAAUCGCUCGAUUUGUCGCACAAUUACAUCAGCGAGUUUAAGCCACAGCAUUUGGAUUGCCUCAAGCGCCUGAAGCAACUGAAUUUGGCGCACAAUAAUCUGCAGUAUUUGCAAGAAAAUACCUUUGACUGUGUGAAGAACCUCGAGGAGCUGAACUUACGCCGGAAUCGUCUGGCGUGGAUCAUUGAGGAUCAAUCAGCGAUGGCGCCAUUCAAGACAUUACGCAAACUCCGUCGCCUCGAUCUCUAUGGAAACAAUUUGAAGCAGAUCAGCAGCAAAGCCCUCAGCGGUCUGAAUAACCUAGAGCUGCUCAAUCUGGGUGGUAAUGCACUAGCCAGCAUUCAACCGAAUGCCUUUGAACACAUGCUAAGGCUACAACGGCUCACAUUUAAAUCGGACAACUUUAUCUGCGACUGUGAUUUGCUUUGGUUUCGUCAGUGGUUGCUCAGUAGGUUCGGCUCUCAAGCGGAGCAACUACAUACCCAAGUAGUUUGUGGUUAUCCGGAGCAUUUGCUCGAUAGACAGCUUUUCACGCUUACAAACUCGGAACUAGUGUGCUCUGAUUCACCCAAACCCGUGGUACAGAAAGAGCCCAGCAACAUGUUGGCAGUGAAGGGCGCCAAUAUAACCCUCGAAUGCAUCGCCAGCUCACCGGCAGCUGCUUCAAUGGCUGCCGCAGAUGAGUUGAAGAUCAAGUGGCGCCACGACAAUCAGCACGUACUGGAGAGACAAACCACUCACGACGGCGCCGUCACAGAAACGCAAAUCCAUCAUGAUCAGCGCACGAAUCAAACGACCAUUUAUGGCUAUCUGCGUCUUUCCAAUGUUAGCUACGAGAGUGCCGGACGCUAUCAGUGUGUUGUCUCCAAUGCAUUUGGCACAACUUAUGCCCAAAAGUUCAAGAUCUCUAUUGGCAUUCAUCCCAGCUUUCUUCAUGUGCCUUCGAAUUUGUCGAUUGAUGCUGGUGAAACGGCUCGCUUAGUUUGCUCGGCCAACGGUGAUCCAGUUCCUGAGAUGGCCCUGCAAAAGUUUGGCGCUAGUGAUUUUCCCGCUGCAACGGAACGUCGCCUGCAGGUGAUAAGGGAGGAGGAUGCAUUCCUUAUAACCAACGCGAAGCCAAGCGAUUCUGGUAUCUACACUUGCACAGCUAAAAGUCCUGCUGGCGAAAUCAAAGUGAACGCCACACUACUUGUGAAUGAUAAACCACUGCCUACCAUACCGUUGGUCCACAAGGAGGUGGUGCUUGGACGCACCUGUGUCCUGGAAUGCCUCGGCGAUUCUGCCAACGUGGAUCUAGAGCAGCCGCAUCGUGAAUGGUUCAGGGAGAACAAGCCAUUGCAUAAGUCGCCCACAGCACAGGAUGCAGAAAGAUAUUAUUUUACAAGCAGCAAGGAGUUGCUGGUAAUUGUGAAUGCCCAGUCCAAUGAUGCGGGUCACUAUCGCUGCGAGAUCACGGACAACUCACGCACCCUAACUCUUCAACUAGAGCUACUCGUGGUGAAGGAGAGUUUCAAUACCGAUGUUCUCUUGCUGGGCGUGAUGAUACUGACAGGCAGCUGUGUCCUAAUUGGUGCCUGCAUCAUCUAUUGCACUCUGCGCUAUCAGCGUCGCAAGUUGAUGCGCAGUCUUGCAACACGUACGCAUACCAGCAGUCAGCACACAUUGCCACUGGAUCAAACGCAGCUGACGACACUGAACCGCACUCAAUUGCGACCUCAUCAAUCGCAGCUGGUGCUGGAUGGGGUGUCAAGUGCUGCGCAGAAACAUCAAGCACAGCAGCAAUCGCAACUGCGACCGCGCAGCUUGGCGGAUUUGGAGUGUGGGGACGGGCAGACGCAGAGCCGAUUGAUAGUCACAACGACGCCAUCAUAUGAGCAGCGCUGUCUGGAGCGCUAUUUACAACAAAGCGAUUUAGAGACUCAGCCAGAUCAUCUGUCCAGCAAGGACUCGGGAACCGGAUCGGAUGCUGCCAACAAACGCAGUCUCGAGGACUUCGGUGUGGCUUUGUCGCCACGUCAGCAACGACACCGCAUUGAUGACGACGACGAUGAGGAUGAGCCAGAUGAUGACAAUGAGUUGCAGUUUGCGCCUUCUCGUGCUUUGGGCGUCUCCGAAUACGAUGACAUCGAGCUCUAUGGGCUCAAUCAUCGCGCAGCUGAACAGCAGCGUUUUCUGCGCAACAACAAUCACAAUUACGAUGGCGGGGGCGUGGACAUGGGUUUAGGAUUGGGUGCGAAUGUGCAUGGGCAUGGCCCAACUGCUGGUGCUUCAGCACCGCCAGUGCUGCCGCGCAAAUGCAGCGCACAGCUAAACAGUUCUGGCGUUGAAUACAAACAGGCCACCACUGUGGACAUUUAAGGAGGAUAAACCAAAGCAAAACACACUACAAAACAUGUACCAAAUUAAAAUGCACACACCAAACAAAUAAACUGGUGAGGCUAACCCUCUCGCGCCCCCCAAA